GCCCGCCUUUUUAAUAUGGGGGACAAAAAACAACAAAUCCGUCCCAAACGGAUUUUUAUUAACGACGUCGACAGUUAUUCCUCCAAACACAUCGCUAAGUUUCUGUCGACAUGCGCCGCCGCCGGUGAGGACUCUGAUGAAGGCGGCGCGCAGGAGACGUUGGCUUCUCCUCGAGCCGGACCUUCUUUUCACAUUGUGGGAACUUUGUCUGCAUCCGCCAGAGAUGGAAAAGAGAGCUUUCUACUUGAGCAGUAUAAGUCACCAACUCGAGAUGAGCUUCUUGAGCACCUGCUGGAGUGUGAUGUUGUAGUGUACAACAUCUCAGAUUGUGCUUCACAACAGCAGGUCGAAGAAGCAACAUGGACAAUCACAGCCCUCCAUGCUGAGAUGGAGAACUUCAAGUCCCAGAAAAUGUUCAUCUUAGUCUCAACUGUGAUGACCUGGGCCAUGACCAAGCCGCAGAACCCGGAAGAACCAGAUGUUCUGCUGACAGAGGAGGAGUUCAGAAGAAGACGACCACAUCCCAGUUUCAAAACCCACAAUAAUCUGGAGAAGCUUGUGCUCAAAUUGGGUAGAGGUAAAAAGUCCAAACUUACUGGCUAUGUUGUAGCUUCUGGUCUUCAGUAUGGAAAAGGAGAGAACCUCUUUCACUACUUUUUCAAGGUGUCUUGGUUGAUGCAGUUUCCAAAAGUUCCUCUGUUUGGACAGGGCACAAAUUACAUCCCCAUGAUCCAUGUAUAUGACCUUGGAGGUGUGCUCCAAAACGUCAUUGAACUCAAGCCGAAGUCAAAGUACAUUCUUGCUGUCGAUGACUCCAAGAACACUUUGGAGGAUAUCGUAAAGGUGGUAAGUGAUACACUUGGGUCAGGACAAAUAAACAAAGUACCAGAAGAGGAAGCCAUCACCAUGAAGGCUUUUAAGCCUGAAGAAUUGCGCUACUUAGGCAUCAACCUCCGCCUGGAUCCUUUUAUCAUAAAAAACUCCUUCAGUCUCCGCUGGACGUCUGAGGCUGGAAUGGUUGAAAACAUAGAGAGUAUUGUGGAAGAAUACAAAGACACCUGGCAGCUACUUCCCAUCAGAAUCUGCCUGGUUGGACCUCCAGCGGUGGGUAAAACCACAGUUGCAGAGAUGCUCUGCAGUCAUUACCAGAUACACCACAUCAAGAUCAAAGACAUCAUUGAUGAAAAGAUCACACAACUGAGGGAGAUACUGAAUGAAGGGGACCAGGAAUAUGCCAGUGAAGAGUUAGUGGCUGCUGCACAGAAACAACUUGAAACUCUUAACAAAAGCAUGGAAAUGAAUGCCGGUCGGCUGGCUGAUCAUCUGCUUUUUGACAUUUUGAAAGUAAAGCUGAAUUCACAGCCAUGUAGGAACCAAGGGUUUGUUCUUGAUGGCUUCCCAAAGACUUAUGAGCAAGCAAAGCUGAUAUUCUGUGAUGAGGACACGGAGAACCAGGAUUUGGUGUCCAAAAAACCUGCAUGCAACAAGAAGAUCACUCCAGAGCAUGUUUUUGCCCUAAAUGCAACAGAUGAUUUUCUGAUGACGAGAGUGCAGGAACUUCCUCAGAGUGUGGCAGAAGAAAUGCGCUACACCCAGGAGGAAUUUGUCCCUCGCCUGACGAGAUACAGACAACUCAGUACUGCAGAGGAAACGCUGCAGGACUACUUCGAUGAGCUUGAGAUUCACCCAGAACAAGUCGAGGUCACUGCAGGUGAUCCAGAGUACACAGAUGUUUUGAGGAAGAUCACUGAGAUGGUGGGGAUUCCCAAGAACUAUGGCCUGAGUCCAGAGGAGCAGGAGGAGGAGGACCGAAAGAAAGAAGAGGCGAGGAAGCAGAAAUUGGCUGCAGAGGCUGCUGAGAAGAAACGCAGGAAUGAAGCUGCGUUGGCUGCGAUGGCUGCUCAGUAUGAGGAGUGGCAGAGGAAUUUGUCUGAGCUGAACAGACAGGAGAACGAGCUGCUGGAGGCUCGUUCUCUUCCCCUGAGGAACUACCUGAUGAAGCAUGUGAUUCCCUCCCUCACUGAGGCCAUGUUGGACUGCUGCAAGAUCAAACCAGAGGACCCUGUCGACUUUUUGGCUGAACAUCUGCUGCAGAACAACCAGCAAGAAAAACAAGCAGUCUAAUCAGGAAGUGUUACAAUGUGUGUUAUUUGUUUACAGCAUUUGAGGCAGUGUUUGUUCUACAGUCAUAAACAUAAUCAAAAGAUGAUCACAGGCUCAUAAUAAAUAAAUAAAUGAACUUGUUUGAAGGUUGUC